CAGUGAUGUCAUCUCAGUGCGUGAACAGAGAAGAGAGUAAGUCGAACAUUGACUAAUCUCGCCUUGGCACUGCCUGCUGUAGGACCGAGAGAGAAGUGUGUGUGGAGAUGAGAACGUGUGUGUGUUGAUGCAUAUCCAGUUUUUACCGUCACAUGCUAUGAUCGUGUUGUCCUCCGUGCGGUAUUCUUUCACUGAACGAUAAAUAUGCAGGCAAUGAUGAUGAUUAUGGUUUUCAUAAUGAUGACGAUGCUGCUGCUGCUGCUGCUAAUAAUAAUAAUAACUGCCAUGAUGAUUAUGACAAUGCUCACAGUAAUGAGAAGGUGACAGUACAAAUAAAGACGUUGACAGUAAUGUGAGGCCUGGCAAUUGAACAGCCAUUUAUUCUCUUUCCUGAUUUAUGUUUAGUUUGAUGUACGAAUCAAACGCCAAACAAAUAUCCAUGCAGUUAUAGGAACCCCGAAUAACCUCGGAAGCUACACUAUGGAAACGACACUGAAUACAUUUACCAGAGGAGUAAAGUGCUUUCAAUUUUACACAUGAUCACUUUGAUUGGCUGAAAUAGUGCAGAGGAUGCUAUGUGGUCCCAUUAUUAGACCAUACAGAACUACACUCUUCCUGGAUGUGCACUGAAAUACUUUGAUUACGUUCGUAAGUUGACUUGUAUCUAUGCCAAUGUGUGUAAUGUACAGGUGUACGAGCCUGUGUCUGUGUAUUUACUUGUGUGCUGUUUCUUUGUGCGUUUCAGACAGCAUGCCAAUAGAACCGGGCCUGUCAGUCAGUCCAGACGGGGUCAGCAGUAACUGUGCCAUCUGUGGAGACAAAGCCACAGGAAAACACUAUGGAGCCUCCAGCUGUGACGGCUGCAAAGGAUUCUUCAGACGCUCCAUACGCAAGAGCCACGUGUACACCUGCAGGUUCAGCAGACAAUGCAUUGUGGAUAAAGACAAAAGAAACCAAUGUCGUUUCUGCAGACUGAACAAAUGCUUCAGGGCUGGCAUGAAGAAAGAAGCUGUCCAGAACGAGCGGGAUCGGAUCAGCUCCAGAAGAAGUAUCCCUGACACCCAAGACAUGCCACCCAUUACUAUUUUGGCCCAAGCUGAAUCACUCUCCCAACAGAUCACUGCUCCGCUUGGGAUAACAGACAUAUCAGAGCAGAAGUCAGCCACUGUCGGAGAUGCAUGUGAUUCUAUGAGACAACAGUUAUUGGUGUUGGUGGAGUGGGCCAAGUACAUUCCUGCAUUUGGAGAACUGCCACUGGAUGAUCAGGUGAGUUUGCUCAGGGCUCAUGCAGGUGAGCACCUUUUGCUUGGUGUCGCCAAAAGGUCAAUGCCAUUCAAGGACUUCCUGCUUCUAGGCAACGGCUGCGUGAUCCACAGGAACAGUCCCGAGCAAGAGAUGUACAAGGUAGCCAACCGAGUGCUGGACGAGCUGGUCCAGCCCUUCCAGGAUAUUCAAAUAGACAACAACGAGUAUGCAGCGCUCAAGGCGAUUGUUUUCUUUGACCCGGAUGCAAAGUCUUUGCGGGACCCAUCAAAGAUUAAAGCCAUUCGUCUGCAGGUCCAGAUGAGCCUGGAAGACUACAUUAAUGACCGUCAGUAUGACUCCAGGGGUCGUUUUGGAGAGCUGUUACUCCUGCUGCCCACCCUGCAGAGCAUCACCUGGCAGAUGAUCGAACAGCUUCAGUUCAUUAAGCUCUGUGGUCUGGCCAAGAUAGACAACCUGCUGCAUGAGAUGCUGCUGGGAGGCCUUACAUCAGAGCCCACACAUCUGCACCACCCAGCACACACCCAGCUGGCCCAGGACCCUUUAACUGGACACACACUGGUCAUCAGCACCAUGCCUGUCGCUCACACUACACCGAUAGUCUCUCCAGACACUCCCAUCCCAUCACCCCCUCAGGGUCCUGCCCCAGAGAAGUACAAACACUUUCCCCAUCCUCUUUGUCCUCCAGCGAGCCCCUCGCCUUCCACACAGACAGAUCUCUGACUUCUCCCUGCACUCUGUCAAAGAAGCGGACAUGAGCACAGUUCCCCCGUCCCCGAUCCAUCAUCCCAGUCAUAAGAUUAUGAAAGCAAUCCCAGCUCAGGGUCUAUGGUUAGACUUCACCCUGCUCCGCGUGACUCCUGGUGGUGUUGCAACAAAAAACGAGAGAUAAUUAAAGCUGUUGUGUGCAGCACUUUCAAACUUCAACUUGUAACUUUCAAAGUCAGUGAACUAAUGACACACGACGUGCAUGUUUGGGGUCACCUAAAACCAAUGUACUGUUAUUCAAUGCAGUAUCUAGAUUUUACUACAUCUUCAUGUCCGUGAGACACAUGCUCAUAGAAAUGAUGGCAGUGCACAUGGUAAACUAGAUAUCACUCCGUUUAAAAGUGUAUGCCAUCUCCUCAGUGCUUGAAGUGUAGUUUUUAUUGACAAAUGUCUUGCUCUAUUGCACAUAGAAGUGCAGAAAAUGCCCUCUGUCCUUAUGCUUCUUUACUGUGAUAAUCCUGAUAAUGUGUAAAUGUAUGACAUACUAUCUAAUCAUAAAUGGCAAAGGCAACAGAAAUGCAAAACAAAUCAUGGCUUAUCGUCAACAAAUUUGAGCGGGCCCUCAAAUAGAAAUUGAAUGCUGUUUUAUGCAUUAUGCAUCAGUGAGACCUAUUACAUCUGUAAACUGGUCUUGGAUCAGUUAUUGUGUACUAAAGGAUUUAUGAUUGUAGGAUGUAGAUGUUCUACCUAAAAAAACACUGUGGGAUAAACAGAGGAAGAAACUAUUUCAACAGUUUGUGGGAAAAAGUAAAAUAAAUAUAUUUUGAAUAUACAUGUCCUUAUGAAACAUAAUAUAAUGGGGUACUAUAGUUUGUGGUCAAGAUUUACAUGGCAAUAAUAACAAUAACAUGUGUACAGAGACCUCAUGUUAAAUAAAACAAAUAUUGUGGAUAAAUGUUAGUACUUUAACAACUUACUGUGUAUAGCCAAAUGGAUAAGAAAUAUUCGGAUCAUCAAAGUGUCUUUUUAUAUUACAUUUUUGAAAUCAGCUGUGUAUUUUUACUUUUUUAAUUCAUUCAUUAUAUUGAUUAAAAUGCAAUUUUGCAAUAAUUCAUUUCAAAUAAACGGAUUGAACGUGUUUUUUUAGAAAAGCAUAACAUACAUAAGUGAGAGACUAAUUAAAGUCAUGAUAUUACACGACACGUUAACACCCUCUUGUGGUCAAGAGAGGAAAUGUAACAGGGUAUACCAUUUUAUGUUUAGUUUUGAGUUUUGAUAAAGGAAAAAGAUGUGAGAUGAAAACUGUGUGUAAUUCUACAGCCACAGCAACACAUUUCAAUGGAAAUUGAAAUUUCAAGUUUGAUCCUGAAAGGAAAAUAAUAGAAAUAAAUUGACACGGGUGUA